AUGAAGCACAUCGCAGCCUACCUCCUCCUCACUCUCGGCGGCAAGGAGUCGCCCUCGGCCGCCGAUAUCAAGUCUCUCCUCGAGACUGUCGGCAUCGAGGCCGACUCUGAGCGCCUCGACAAGCUCAUCUCCGAGCUCCAGGGCAAGGACAUUAACCAGCUCAUUGCCGAGGGCCAGGAGAAGCUCGCCUCCGUCCCCGCCGGCGGUGCUGCCCCCGCCGCUGCCGCUGGUGGCGCUGCUGCCGCCGCCGGUGGUGCCGCCGAGGAGAAGAAGGAGGAGAAGAAGGAGGAGGAGAAGGAGGAGUCCGACGACGACAUGGGAUUCGGUCUUUUCGACUAA